AACGAGUCAGAAUAAUAAAUAAUAAGAGGAGGUUGUUACUCCCAUCGUUAACCACAGUUUAGACGGCCCUGUAGGGCACGCGAUUUUAGCAGCCGACUGGUAAACCAGUCAACAAGAAUAUAGGAACGAGAUGGAAUAACAGAGAGGAGGGAGAGUAAAAGAGAAAGAAACAGAGUAGAAAUCUAAAAAAACGAAAUAGAAAGUGGUUUGUCCAGGGCAAGUAACUACAGUCUCCGACGCUUUUAAAGCGCCUCCUUCUCCCGUAUACAGACCAUGCAUGGUGUGUUCUUGUUUUCCACACACACACACACACACACACACAUACACACCAUAGCAUCAAGGUGCUGUAGUACGGUGCUGUCUUGAAAGUUCCCGCAUCAUUGUGCCCGCAUUUCUCGUGCGGUUGUCGACUCGGAAAGUACAAUAUCUUCUGGUUAUCCUCGGUUUGAAAAAUUCAACAUUCUUGGAACAAUUAUAUGUAAUAAAUUACAUUUAGAAAUAUGAGGAAGCUUUUGGCUCUUUCGGUAAUCAUAUUGGCAAGUGUAAUGAUCAACGCUCAAGGACAAGUAUCCCCUCCAAAACCAUCAGUCUAUGGAACAACCUUCGACGAAAUUAUCGUAUCGUCCAAUUUAAGUGUACGAAGAAAAUCAAAGGAAAACCGUCAAGGCAAAAGAUUACUUUCAAAUGUACCAUCGGGUACUACCGGUUCGCCAGAAAAAUCCACUCCAGUUGCAUCCAGGCUCGUGUCCAAUGACGGCAGUCGUGUUACACCAGUGAAAAGAACAAAACGCGAAUCUAUUAUAAGCCAAACAAGAUAUUUGGAUCUGGGAGUCGCGGGAUACUUGCUGAAGUCUCAGAAAGGAUAAAAAUGAAAAAACAAGGAGGACAACCGCACAAUUCCCACACCCCCUCAUCUGUGAUCACACCUUUCGACUACCUUUCGGACUCGGCUCAUGUAUCAAAAAUUGAAUAAAAAUUUCUCUGUUUCAUAACA